UCUCUGUCUAUACAGUUUGUCAGAAUCCUGCUCACAUGUUGGAGCAGUUCUGUUUGCAAUCGAAGCAGGUGUGAAGAUGAGAGAGACUGCAUCCUGCACCACUGAGAAGUGCAAGUGGCUAAUGCCAUCACAUGUCAAAAAGAUUCCUGCUGCUCCAGUUGCGAUGAUAGACUUUUCAUCCGCAAAAUCCAAAAAGCAAAAACUGGAUGAUGCCAUUGCUGGAAGGACAGGUAUGGAUGCAAAUACGAGGCAACUGUCCGAAAGCAGUUUGAAGGAGUACAAAGUCUGCACCACCAGGGUUUCAGCUGUAAAGACAGCGGGCUUUGGCUGAACCCUCAAUGGCCAUACAUGGGAGCGUCGCCAGACGGAUGUGUCACGUGCACCUGCCAUGGAACUGGUAUCUGUGAGAUAAAGUGCCCACACAGCAAACAAGAGGAGGCCAAUCUUCGCCUGUGUGCUGGGGGCACUGUGAAGCUGGACAGGAGACAUGCCUACUACCAUCAAGUACAGGCUCAGCUCCACGUCGUUGACGUUGACUACUGCGACUUUGUUGUCUGGACUAAAAAUGACCUCUUUGUAGAGAGAAUUGUGCGUGAUGUGAACCUGUGGGACAACAUCAUUCCCAGAGUUGAGAGUUUCUUCAGACUAUGUGUUCUCCCUGAAGUGUUGGGAAAGCAACUUACAAGGGGAAAGUUUCAGUUGCAAGAUGAUCAGGAGGGAGAGAAGGCGUGAUUACCAGCACCUGUGGUCUGUCCUGGUCCCGGAAGUUGUGGUUCUCUCCUUGUUGCAUUAUUAUUUGCACAGUGGCAGCUCUUUAACCUGCA